AUGCCGCUUCUUCGUCUUGCCCCCUUCCGCUCGCUCGAGUUCGCCAACAACUACUGCUACGAGUGCCCUACCGGAAACGCUGGGUUCUAUGACGCUCCAGCUGACUACAAGGCUUACCUUGAGAUGAUCGGCGUGAGCUCCCCUCCCUUUGCCAACGCCAACCCUGCCUACUCUGAGGGAGACGGAUGGGCCCUCGUUGAGACCGCCCCUGCCCCUUAA